AAUUUUAUAGUUGUCAUAUAUUAUGGUGUUGUUUAUUCAUGAGGGCGGGACUAGAAAGUAGCACACCUGAUUCUUCACCAUAUCUUUGAGGUGGUCCUGUUGGGUGUCAGUGGGAGGUUAAAUGAGGGGUAAAUGAAGCAGGCUGCCCAGGGCCGGAUGCCCCCUCUUUACUGGCCGGCACAUUAGAGGGAGUGCGCAGUGCCAGGCCGGGCCAGCAGCACUAGUAGACGCAUCAUCACGUACUUUACGCACACUGGGUGAACGGAGGCAGAGACCCGGUCGAGGAUGAUGCUUACACCGGCUCAGGAGGGCUUUCUCUCGGGCUUUAUUUAUCAGGUAGCAGUGGUUUGGUCGCCGGUACUGGUUUAAAAUGCACCGGAGCAGACCGGGUGUGCGUGUCGGCGUAGCUGAGCUCGGCUGCUGCCGCUCGCCUUCGCCUCUCCCAUUUCUAUUCUAGUACUUUUUAUUGUAGCUUUAUUAUUUCCAGGUCAAAAUAUCAGUUUCCUGUGCGGCUUGUUUGUACUAAAAAUGGCCGGAGAUGGCGGCGCUCUGAAGGAUAUCAAUGAGAUUAAAUCCCAGUUCCGGACCAGAGAGGGCUUCUACAAGCUGCUCACCCUCUCGGACUCGCAGCAGCGGGGCGGGCUGCCGCGGGGUCCGUCCGCCGGAGCCACGCUGGGCCCAGGGGCUGGACCCGGUCCGAUACCCGGCGGAGGGGUCGGGCUGCUGCAGGGGCCCGGGGCUGCCGCCGCUGCCGCCGCCGCCGCCGCCUCCUCCUCUUCCAAUGCCGCAGCCAACUCCUCUCCGGCGGGCUUCCUGCCGCCGGUCCGGGUCUCUAUGGUCAAGCUGCAGCCCGAAGACCCGAGCGAGGAGUCGGAGCGGGUGUGCUUCAACAUCGGCAGGGAGCUGUAUUUUUACACGUACACCAACAUCAAGAAGGCUGUAGACCUCAGUAAGCCGAUAGACAAGAGAAUCUACAAGGGGACUCAGCCGACGUGUCACGACUUCAACCAGUAUUCUGCCACAGCAGAGAGUGUAGCUCUCAUCGUGGGCUUCUCGGCCGGACAGGUCCAGUAUCUCGACCCCAUCAAGAAGGAAACGAGUAAACUCUUCAAUGAGGAGAGGUUGAUAGACAAAUCCAAGGUGACGUGUCUAAAAUGGCUUCCAAAGUCGGAGAACCUGUUCCUGGCCUCCCAUGCCAGCGGCCACCUCUACCUCUACAACGUGGACCACCCGUGUGGCACCACGGCCCCGCAGUACUCUCUCCUGCGGCAGGGCGAAGGCUUUGCUGUCUACGCCUGCAAAACCAAGACGCCACGCAACCCAUUGUUACGAUGGGCCGUGGGUGAGGGAGGCCUCAACGAGUUUGCUUUCUCCCCGGAUGGCGUGCAUGUGGCGUGCGUGGGCCAAGACGGCUGCCUGCGCGUCUUCCACUUUGACUCGAUGGAGCUGCAGGGGGUGAUGAAGAGCUACUUCGGCGGACUGCUGUGUGUGUCAUGGAGCCCCGAUGGGAAAUAUCUCGCCACAGGUGGAGAGGAUGACCUGGUUACCGUCUGGUCAUUUGCAGAAAGCCGUGUGGUUGCAAGAGGUCACGGCCACAAGUCCUGGGUCAAUGUGGUGGCAUUUGACCCCUUCACAACUUCCCUGGAAGAUGAGGAGCCUAUGGAGCUUAGCGGCAGCGAGGAGGAUCUCCAUCAGGGGGCACCAAAUAACUCCCUGCACUUCGGCCGGGUCAGAACGAGCAGCACGUUGUCGCGUCUUUCUCGGCACAGCUCUAAAGGUGGGGGUUCCGCAUCGGUCACGUACCGGUUUGGCUCGGUGGGGCAGGACACUCAGUUCUGUCUGUGGGACUUGACGGAUGACGUGUUAUACCCACGUCUGCCGCUGUCCCGCGCUUUUACUAACACUUUUGGACCCUCGCUGUCCAACUCUGGCAGCGGCGUAGUCAACAGCACCUCAGGUGGGGGAGGAAGUGGAGGGGUUGAGGGGCACCAUCACCCGCCUAACACUAACACCUGCACCUCCAACCCACCAACGCUCCCUUUACCGCUUCCUCGCUCCCUUUCUCGCUCCAACUCUCUGCCCCACCCUGCCGUGGCAAAUGCCUCCAAGGGCCAGGGCACCUCGGAGGGGGGCACGGGAGGCGGAGGAGGUGGAGGGAGCAGCAGUGGAGGAAACAGCACCCCGUUCAGCAUCGGCCGCUUUGCCACGCUGUCUCUCCAGGAGCGCAAGUCGGACAAGUCCGGUUGCAGCGGUGGGGUGGAGAAGGAGCACAAGAGGUACCACAGCCUUGGCAACAUCAGCAAAAGCAACGAUAAGAUCAACGUGGCGCCGAGGAGCAACCGGCUGGACGCCGCCAAGGUCCUGGGCACCACGCUGUGCCCACGCAUGCAUGAGGUGCCACUGCUGGAGCCGCUGGUGUGCAAGAAGAUUGCACAUGAGAGGCUGACCGUCCUGGUGUUCAUGGAUGACUGCAUCAUCACAGCCUGCCAAGAGGGUCUCAUCUGCACCUGGGCGCGGCCAGGGAAGGCGGACAUUCAUUAUGAAAUGAACUUGACAGCACAGAACGGGAACUCUCCGAGCGGCACAGUGGUAUAGCUGGAGGAGAAGCUUUGCACUCAUCCCUCCCUCCAUCUCCUCCCUCGUUCUUUGUUGUCUCCCUUGUCUCCCUCUCCACCAAUCCUCAAACAUGUUAAAUUAGGGGCCAACAACCAGAGACCGUACCCUACCUACCACUGCAGUAUUAUACCCUCAGUAUAACCCUCUGUACUUGCCAUGACCCAGACCCUGUUCCCUACUGAUUUUACUCUCACGGCGGCCAGUUUGGUGGGAAACACUUGCUGAAUCAUUGGUACAUGCAGUAUGAAACUAACAUUACUUCAACAGACUUAUGAAGUCUUCACAUAGACUUACAGUUACAAAGUUGGCUGGCAAUCUUGGAAACUACUACUAAUGCUUGAAUAUAGCAAAGAUGCUAGCUAGCAUAUCAGCUAGUUAGCCUUGAGCUCUGCUUAGACGCGGCUCUGGUAGCUAGCUACAGUGGACCAUAUACACUACAUGGCCAAACGUAUGUGGACGCCCCUUUGUUCUGGGGCUGUUUUUCAUAGUUUGGGUGCGGCCCCUUAGUUCCAGUGAAGAGAGGUCUUAAUACUACGGCAUCCAAUGAUAUUUUAGACAACAGUGUUCUUCCAGCUUGGCAGUUUGGAGAAGCCUUUUCCGUUUCAACAAGACAAUGGUUUUCCCAGGUUCCAGCAUCUGGUAGAAAGCCUUUCCAGAAGAGUGGAGGACAGUCUAUGGUUUUGGAAUAACGUGUUCAACAAUCACAUAUAGGUGUAAUGUUCAGGUGUCCAUGUACCUUUGGCCAUAUAAUGUAUUUAAAACUUGAACCUUGAUUCUUAUCCUCCCUACAAAGGCAACAGCAGUAACUAUUUUCAGUGUUUUGUUUUCAGAGUAUUUCAUGACUCAGUCGUUGUUCUCCUUAGCAAAAUUUAGAUCAACUGAUUCUGCUAUUCUUCAGUACUAUUAUUUUGUACAGCAAGUACAAAGAUGAAGUGGGGUUCCCACCUCAUGCCACUGUGGGAAUAAAGUAUAUUGCCAGUGCUUCGGCCCUCUGCCUUCACUUCACCCCUGCGUGUUUCUCUGCAGAAAGACUGCAUCAAACAAACAGAGAUCGUUUAUCCUCUCAGUCUGCAACCCUGAAGCAACAAGGAGUGAACAGCAGGCCAGGCUCAGUCUUCAUUCGUCCUUCAGACCCUCCUUCAUCCGAUCCCUCCCAUUUUCACUUCAUGUAAAAGACACUGCAAAAGCCACGGCCAUUGUAUUUAAGUUAUUUAUUUUAGCACAAGACUGUGUAGUAAUUUAUAAUGUAAAUACUGAAAAUAUUCUGUAAAUACAAAAAGGACAAACGUGUAUGGAAACAAUGACUUGACAGCAAGGAAACGAAGAAAAAACAGGAAAGAUGAAGAAUAUUAAUAUAUGAAGAUCCUUCUAUUGUACAUAGCAACCACAGUUAAAAAUUGAAUGUCUGCUGUUUUAGGGAACUUGAAGAUGUCAAUGUGUUUUUAUUUCGUGUGAUAGAGUUUCUCCAGUUUGUCCCUGAAAGCAGGCUGGGUUUAAUCCGUCGACGGAGGCAUUUCGGGUCCAGUGUGACUUUUUAGAGAGACCGACCUGAGUCAAGCACAGAGAGCAAUCAAUCGGAGUGGCUGCUAGCUGUACAUGUCAGCUGUCUGUCCGAGUUAAUGGGUCCGAAUAAUACUAAUUCUGCUGAACAUCAUGCGUGGACAAGCCACAUCUUAAUGAAUAACGUGCUCACGAACAAACUCACACUCUUGCACAUUCCGAAGGUAAAGCGGUUCACACACACGCCCCCACACAACACACACACAACCCCCUUAUGGUGUAGCAUCAUAUAUACUGAGUCUUGGACUCCAUUCCUGUUCCACCUGAAUUGCCUCUUGCAAGAAUUUGCACACACAAUAAAUCCACAGUCCAUCCUGAGCUGCCACGAGUGACACGAGGGGUGGUGUUGUCUUGUUUGAUCUGACCUCUGUGCAGAAACAGCUCAUGUAACCGUUCACUCUAUGUAUUUGGUACAGAGGAUUCAAUAGGUGUACAUCUUCAAAGGAAACGGCUCGAUGUCGAGUUUUGGAUUUAUUCCCUUUGCGAUUUUGAUUCUGCUUAUCGAUUCCGGUGCUUAAUGAAUCUGUUCAGAUUCCUGACAUGCUGAUUGAGCAAGAAAAUAUGUUGCAAGCAAAAACCACCUAUAUUUUUAGCAGAUUUGGGCGGCCCUCCAAAUGUCUGCCAAAAGGUAUUUUCUGAUUAUUUUUGGUUAAAGGGUAAGAUAAAGAAAAAAACUAAAUAUUCUCCUCUUGCCAUGCCAAGUUGAAUGUUUGCAUGAACAUUUGUUGGACGUGCAAAGAUUAGCUGAUAGCUGAUGAGGCAUUAUAAAUGUGACAUUAAAAACUUUAUUCUUAUACCAUGCUGCAUGAAAUGCUUUACCAUAUUAGACAGACUUCCCAGCCUGAUGAUCAUUGUGUUUAAUUGUGUUCAUGUCAGCUGAUAUCUGUUUGGGAGGAGUUGUUAUUUUGCUCUCGGCACAGAAGCUGCAGUAGCGGUUCGUCAGGAGCAGUUUCACGUCUUUACCAAUUGUUAGCCAUUCCAGCGGCGAGGGAAGGCAACGUCGGUCGGUUGGUCCACCGCUUUGGUCCAGACUGAAAACAAUAACUAUUGGAUGGAUUGCAGUGAAAUUUUGUACAGACAUGCAUGGUUACCAGAGGAUGAAUUCUACUGACUAUGGUGAUCCCCUGACUUUGAAUCUGGUGCCAUCAUCUGGUCAAAAUUAUAAUUUGUCCAAUACUAUGGCUUCUGACCAAAUAUCUGUACGUGUGUAGUAUGUUAGCAUGCUAACACGCUAAACUAAGAUGAUGAACAUGGUAAACUUUAAACAUCAGCAUGGUAGCAUUGUCAUUGUGAGCAUGUUAGCAUGCUGAUGUUAGCAUUCAGCUCAAAGCCCCGCUGUCUCAUAGAGCUGCUAGCAUGGCUGUAGACCCUUAGUCUCGUUUUUUUUUUCUGUAAAUCUACUUAUAACGACUUGUACAGCUGUGGUGAUCUAAUCCAUGCUUGUCUCCACUUUCGUGGAAAUGUUUCUGUCACAGCUUUCUGACUCCGCGUUCUAAAUCCCACCUGCGACGCUCUGAUUGACUCGGUUGUUAUUCCAAACAGGGAAACAGAAGUCAAUGAUCACGCCACUACAGACUUCCUCCUGUAUGAAAUUAGUUUUAUUCAGUGAUUACAUUUCACUGUAUCUAUACUGUCUUUUGUGACACUAAGACACAUUUUUGAGCGCUCACUCCAGUCCGCCAUGUUGUAGACAUGAUGCACGUGCUAUGGUAGGUCCGGAUGUGGUUUUCAUGAAUCGAUAAGCGGAAUUGAAAAAGCACGGUAACGAAUAAUUAAUCAGUACUCAACCCUACGCCUCGCUGAUAAUCAACACACCUGCACGCCAAACCAUUUCUGUCUGCUUCUAAAGCAUCAGCCAGAGAGAAAGGGCUGCUGAGGUGUUUCUGAACAGGAUCUGUCUGUUUUGUUUUUCUUUUAACAUGCCUCUUAUUUUGGGCCAUAACAAACCACUGACUCCUGUCUUACAUGAACGAUGGCUGAGUGCCAGCUGAAAGCUUACAGUGCAGCAAGCCGGCAGUAUUUUUUACCAGCCUUUGUGUUUUUUCUCUUUUUUGUGAGUUAUAGAGUUACCUGUCUGACAAUACGUCCUAUAAAUAGCACAGCGACUUCCAGGACUGCAGGAGCCAAGGUUAUGCCCUUGGAGCAACACGGUUUCUCGCCGUGUGGUGGAGCCGGUGUGAGGGCAUUGUCGAGGCUAUUGUGGUAUUAUUGUUGGCUAAAUGAUUGCUUCGUUAUGAUGUAUGAGAUAAGAGGAAAAACGAAAUCUGCUCUCUUCGGAGGUUAAAGGAAUAAUUCACCCUGAUAUGAAAAUGAUCUAAACCGUAGAUCAACCUUCUCCUAAAAUACUGAUGUUAACACAGACAGAUUUUUUUAAACUUUGAAUUUCAGGUUGUGCAUCUCACUCCCAAGUAUUUCAUAGUCAAAGCUUUUGGCACAGCUGUCUGACGGUUACCUUGUUAUCUCACAGACCCUGUUCACACUUUAACAUUAAAAUACAUUCUCAUCAGUGGACACCACUAAAUACAGGUGUGAACGCACCCCGAAUUAACCCUCAGGCCACAUUCACAGGUGGUCAGGGAUGCAUUUGUCCACACUUGUUGUAUGCAAAUGCAAAACUCAGUGUGCACUUUUGCAUUUUAGGCUUCUUUCUAAGAGAUGCAUUUGGAUGUGUGAACUUCCACUUAGAACUUAGAGGAGACUGAGGUGAACGACAGGUGCCAACUAACUGAGAAGACGAAUACAUAACUGAAAUAUUUUUAACGUGUAACUUGGUCCUGUACAAAUUUUCUCAGGCGCUAGAAAAACAAAAGAGGUAAAAGAAGAAUGAUCCUGCUCCCGAACUGAAGGGCUAAAACAGAAGCAGAUGUGAGGAGAUGAGUCAGUAUAAAUCGCUGUGUCUUUGCUUGUAUGUUUUGUAUGUUGUACUUAAAAAUUAUUCACCAAACUUUUCAGAAAGAAAUAGGAAUCUCUGUUUUCCCACAUACUGUGUUUUUAGUUUUUUGAGUACAUCAUCACCUCAAAACUGUCUCUCACUCACCUCACUAUCUGACUUUUUUAAGCCUGUCAAACAAAUGUUACUGUAGGUGCUGAAGGUGGUCAAAAGCAGCAUCAUUCAGCCAAAAAACCAAAGGGCAGAUCUUCAAAGUCCACAAGCGUUAAUAUGAUACACUGAUUCUUGCUCUUAGUUAACUGAUUAUCUGGAGAAUCCUUCUUCAUUAAAUACCAUCCUGCAGUUCAAGAAUUCAUUUCCAAAACAACAAAUUCUUACUUGAACACUCGCUAUUUCAAACAAAUGGCAGAUUCAGUGAGUUUAAAGUGCUAUCAUUUUGUCAUCCAAGGAUUUACGUCACUUUCUGCGCUUUAAAAACUACAAGAUUUUGUUUGACUUUUGUGCUUUUCUGUGAAAGAAGCACUCAUUUAGCCAAAUUUUCGGCACAAAGAUGCAUUUCUUCUUUGAUGCCUCACCGUUGAGGCAGAGCCAACUGAGAAAGGCGAAGGUAAAGAACCGAGUAAAUACUGGAUACAUGGAAGGGGAUAGUAUUAAUUUGGCUGUAGAAGCAUUAGGACUAAGACUAAUAAGCACUUAGCUGAACAAAAGCUGUGUUCACAGGACCAGCUGGAGCUCCACCUGAGUAAAUUCAAUAACUCGCCUCUCACGUCUGCCGAUUGUCCAGGCUGUCUGUGAGCAGAAAGUACAAAAACAAUGAGACAGAAACCUGAGCCAACAAAGUUUAAAGAAUAAGUUAGGAUGCCACAGUACACGGAAAACUUACAGCUCAGACUACGUUUUCCUCUUAAUGCCUCGUUCUGCACAGAAACAAACAUUCAGCACCAAGGGAACAAAUAUCGUUUCACAUAUGUUGUCCAGUUUGUGAUCAUUUUUUAUUUGAGCAAGACAAGUAAAGGCAUUUUGUUUUAGGGUUGUUGUUUUUUCUUAUUCUCUGUGUGUACGUGUAGAAUAUGCAUUCUCUAUUAUCACCAUACAAUUAACACAUGCACGGACUCACACACACACACAGCAUCACACGCUUUCACACACUUAAUGCCUGAUCUGGUGGAAGUUAUAACGGCAGAAUGACGUCACUGUAUCCAGUUUGUAUAUGGAGAUCUGUUAUUAAAACGUUAAACCUGAAA